GAGCCGCAGAGGAAAGGGAGCGUGGAGGUAGCAGGGCGCAUGCGCAAAUCCAGAACGCGCGCUCGCUGUGUCGCUCCGGAGAUGGAGGAGAAAUAGAUCUCAAGAUGAAGGGGAAGUUGACUUCCGGGCAUGCGCACUGAACGGCGAGAGCGCUCCAGGUACCGUAGUGUGCCGCGUAGUGCGCAGCAGUCUAACUCGGUAAGCGUGAAUGUAGAAUGGCAGCCAAAAUACUAACAGCAACACACUACUGUAUAUGAAUUGAAUUACAUUUAUAUCUCCCCCAUCUCCUCUGAGUAGUUUCUUUACUUCGUGCCUGAAAGGUAUUAAAGAAGGGGCCAGGCAAGCUUCCUUGAGGCUAUUCCUUGGACUUAUUUAUUAAUAACAGUGAUGAACAUGAAAAUCAGGGCACCACCACAGAAAAGGCCCUGUCCCCUGUGGUCGCCUGCAGAACCCCCAAAGGUGGGCCUGGGCCCUUCCAGGCAACCUUAGCAGACACAGGCAGGCUCACCCACAAGGAGACGCGCCUUCAGAUCCCCAAGGCCUUUUGGGAGAAGGGUGAGCAAGAAAAGGGGAACCAAGGUUGCAGGUUGCUGAACAGUUUGCAGUAGGCCCCCAAGUGUUUUUUACUUCACCCUCCCUGUCAAUAGCAGCAACAACAAGGGUUGUCGUGCGUCGUCAUACUCGUCAUCAAAUGCUUUAGCAGCCUUUCUUAAAAACCACACAAGGCAAAUCACAGAAAUCCACAAAUAUAUACUGCAAUAUUCUAACCACCUACUUUAAGAAUAUCGGCUGCUACCAUCUCUGAUCUGUAGUAACAUGCAGGGCAGUCUUAGCCACAUCUAUUCAGAAGGAAGUCCUAUGCAAUUCCAUGGGAUGUACUCCCCAGGUUAGGAUGGCAGGUUUAGUCUUAGUUAUAGAUCAGGCACCCCAAACUUGGCCCUCCAGAUGUUUUGGGACUACAAUUCCCAUCAUCCUUGACCACUGGUCCUGUUAGCUAGGGAUGAUGGGAGUUGUAGUCCCAAAACAUCUGGAGGGCUGAGUUUGGGGGUGCCUGUUGUAGAGGAAAAAAGGAUCCAUUUACAUUGUCUCAAGCUCCCUGCUGGAAAAGUGUAUUGGAAUAUGUGUGGGCCAUCCUAUUGCACUGCAUGUGGGAUACCUGCAGCAGGUAAUCGGCUCCCCUCCUAGAUUCAUCAUUUUGUACCUGACUUUGCUGAAUGCAAGUGAUGGACACCAGCAUCCUCAUUAAAGCAAAACAAGUCCCAGAUGCUGGAGCUAUGUGCACCCAAUUUGGGGUUUUACUGGCCAAAGCCAGUACUUUGAAACUGAAACCACUGAUCAGCACCUUCUUCCAACAAGCCUAGUUCUAAGUUGAGAUUUUUGUCCUGGUCAAUAUUUGUAUUGGAUUUGAAACUGUUUCUGUAUAUGUCGUCGUUUGAACAGUCAUUAUAUAUGUGAUUGUUCUCUAUGCUUUGCAUUGUGGUGUUGCUUUGAGAUGCUUCGUAGGAAGUGAUUCAGCUGUGGAAGAACAGGAGGAACAGGGUGGGGGGGCAACAAGCAUAGCCUGCAACUGCCCUGCAGGAACUGUUGGCCCCUCCUGGGCCCUGGCCUCUGCCCUCCCCCCACACCCUGUGUGCAAAGGCAGCCCCACCUGUGGUGCAUUUUUGGGUGUGAUGCACACUCACUUGGAAGCAAGUCCCACUCAAGGCAUAAAAUGAUGUAAUUGUAGAGUUGGAAGGGACCACUGCGAUCAUCUAGUCCAACCCCAGCAAUGCAGGAAUCUUUUGCGAAAUGAGUCUGAGAUUAAGGGUAAGAGUCUUCUGCUGUACGGACUAUUCCAGCUGCAGCAGGGUUUACGCUUGCGGAACGGCUGAGAAAACGCUUGCGGAACGGCUUAAUACUUGCCAGACCUAAAUGUUGCAAGAGCUUGAUUAAUUAAUUGCAUUAAUACAUUUCCGGCAACUCGUGCGUAAUAUAGCGCCUAGCCUGGCUGCACCAUCCAGCCCCCAGCUAAAGAACCACGUUUUCUGGAACACAAGAGAGAUUUAUUUUUCACUCGUUCCGGGGGGAAACCACCAACCCCUCAUCUAUAACACGCCACUCGGCGCGGAUCAGUUGAGAGUGCGGGAGAAGACUCGGAUCCGGGCUGGAAUCCAACCGCUCACUCCCGAGUCUGACCAUAAACCUUUAAUAAAGUCCAGCUGCCCGUUUUGCGACGCUGCGGAGCGUUUCAGGGGCGGCCUCGGGCCCCUGUGUGGCUGCUGCACUGCACCGGUGCAAUUCCUGCUUGCAGCUCCAGGACGCAGCAGCCUGGCCCGGGCUGAGGCUGACGGGCGCUCUCGCUCUCGCUCUCCCUCCCCAGACACCUGAUCCGGAGCGGCGGACUACUUUUCCCGGCGUGCCCGGCCAGCCGGCCGGCCGGCGCCUGGAAGAGGCGGGGCAGAGCGAAGCAGAGCAGCAUCGCGGGGAUGGCGGAGCUGCGAGGUGAGCGAGGCCGGGGCAAAGGAGGGCGCCCGCCUUGGGGGUCCGGGGGCGGCGGAGGGCGGCUCCUCGUGCUCCGCGCCCGCGUUGGACGGAGGGGCUCCGGGACAAAGCGGCGGCGAGCAGGAGCAGGAGCGAGCCGCUCCGGGUGGGGAGAAGAGAGGCGUUCCCGCGGAGCGAGCAGGCAGGAGCGGUGCCCGCUCUCGGGAGAAGCCCGGCCCCUCCUGCGCCUUCCGGGGGUGGGAAGGGGUUCCGAGGGUCAUCUAGCCGAACCCCCGCCAUUCAGGACGCGCAGCCUUGGCGCCCCUGGCCGAUGAUCGCCCAACCUCUGCUUAAAACCCUGCAAGGAAGAUAGGGCCUUUUUCGCAGCGGCUCCGUUGGCCAACAGUAAAUUUUGAAGGCCAGGCAAAUCUAUUUUAUUCCUCCAGGCCCUUCAAAGAAAAGAAAAGCUCUUAAAACCAUCUCAUUCUUUCCUAUUAGGGUCUCCAAUAUCGGCCGCCGCAUCCCACCAAACCAUCUUGGGAACUGUAGUUUGUUUUGGGCACUGAGGGUUUUUAGAAGACCCUGUUCCGCCCACAGGGCUGCAGCUCCCCAUGAAGAGGGGUGGGCUGUGAAAACCAGAGGGAACUGUAACUCUGAGAGAUAACUAGGGCUCUCUCAGCACCCUUAACAAACUAUAGUUCCCAGGAUCCUUUGUGGGAACUCAUGACUAUUUAAGCUGAUCCUGCUUUAAAUGUGCAGGUGGGAGCCUUUGUCAAGAUGCAGGGUAAGGGUGAGGUGGGCUCACCCUGAGAGGGAGCAUCCUGACAACAGCGAUGGAGCUGUGGGGCUGACUGGGGGCAGCUACCCACAUUGUGUCCUUGUGCAUGACCUCCCACCUGUGCCUGUGUCUUUUGCUCCCUCAGUGUUUCCCUUGGCCUGCCCCGUGCAGAACUACUCCUGGGGCAAACUGGGCCGGGACAGUGAAGUGGCCAGCCUCUUGGCAAGCAGUGAUCCAAUGAUCCACAUCGAAGCGAGCAAGCCCUAUGCGGAGGUGAGUGCCACCUGCCUGGGGGCCCUUGGAGCCAAGCUCCCUCCCCUCCUCCCUCCUUGCCCAUUCCCAAAUUCCGUUAUAUGGCUGGGGACUUGGAUCAAGGUGCUCGGAUCAGUCAGGGCGACCACUUGCGCUCUAGACCCCUGCCCCUCUUGCCUGAUAAAAACCAGCAGGGAGGGAACAGCGGACUGGGCCAGGGAGGUGAUCAAUGCCUCUUUCAAGAGGGGGUGGUCCCUGCCUGUUUGAAGGAGGCAGUGGUAAAACCACUCCUUAUGAAACCUUCCCUGGAUUCAGAAUACCUAACAAACUACUGGCCAGUUGCUAAUCUCCCUUUCCUGAGCAAGGUUCUGGAACGAGUAGUUGCUUUUGGAAGAAACUGAUUUUCUGCAUCCAUUUCAGUUUAGGCCCAGUUUUGGCACAGAAACUGCUUUGGUCGCUAGUGCAAAAUUCAGCGGCCGGGUUGCUCACUAGAGCAGGAUGGUUUGAGCAUAUUACACCGAUCCUAGUCUGACUGCACUGUCUACCAGUUAGUUUCUGGGCCCAAUUCAAAGUGCUGCUUUUGACCUAUAAAGCCUUAAAUGGCUCAGGACAGAAAUGCCUCAAGGACCAUCUCUCCAUAUGAACCUACCUGGACCCUGAGGUCGUCUUCUGAGGCCCCGCUUCGUGUUCCACUUCCUCGAGAAGUCCAGAGGGUCACAACACGAGAAUGGGCCUUCUCUGCAGUGGCUCCCCGUCUGUGGAAUGCUCUCCCCAGGGAAGUUCGCCUGGUGCCUUCAUUAUACAGCUUUAGGUGCCAGGCAAAAACGUUCCUUUUUAACCAGGCCUUUUGACUGACAUCCUAUGCCCUUUUAAAAUGUGGGGUUUUUUGGGGGGGGUGUUAUUGGGUUGUUUUUAUUUUGAUUAUAUAUAUUGUGGUUUCAUAUUUUGCAUUUUGUUCUAUGAACCACCUUGAGACCUCUGGGUAUAGGGUGGUAUGUAAAUUCAAUUUUAAAAAGCAAAAAAACCUCACGAGUCUGAACUCUCAGCCCUGUCUAAAGUGGCCACGGGGGAACCGUCAGAACACUGCUGCUCAGAAACUGAUUUCUCAGGGCUCCGAAAUGGGGACAGACAAGGUGCCAACUUUCCUUUGUUGACAGAUGCCCAACUCUCAUCAGCCCCAGCCAACAGGGCUAGUGGUUGGAGCUGAUCAGAGUGCAAGACACAUGCUGUACUCCAAAUCCUAUCAGCCCUGAUUUCUGGCUGUGCUGUCUGGGGCUGAUAGGAAUUGGAGCCCAUCAUCUGAAGGGCUACAGGUUGCCCAGAUGUGCGCCAAGAGGUUUUGUGCAUCAUCUGUGUGCUCUCUUUUCCUCCUAGCUCUGGAUGGGCACUCACCCCAAAGGAGACGCCGUGAUUCUAGAUAACCGCAUCCCCCAGAAGACCUUGCGGCAAUGGAUCGCGGACAACCCCGACUGCCUGGGCACCAAGGUCAAGGAGGCCUUCCAAGGCCAGCUGCCCUUCUUGUUCAAAGUGCUGUCUGUUAACUCAGCCUUGUCCAUCCAGGCUCACCCCACCAAGGUAAGGCCCUCUUCCCAGGGUGCCAAACAGCAUGGAAUCCUGCUGAGCUUUCUGGACUUUGCAGGUCAAGGACAAGGAGCUUGAAGGAGCAUCAGCGGUUGAAGCCGGAGUUCAGAAUGGCGUGCAAGGGAAGCAGGUGCUCAUCUGUUGGGUCCAGAGGUUCCCUUCCUCCGACACAAGGAGCCUUCCACCAACAGGCAAAUGGAACCUUUUGGAUCCAGCCCAAAGUUUCACGUUAAUGGGUUAAUGUCCGAUCCUUCUGGGGUCACAGCACAGAUUCCUCCUGCUUCUCUUCCCAUCCUUGACGUAUUAGCCCACCCCUGGGUGUGUUGCCUGGUUCCCCAGGUGCUCUGUGGCUCGCUGAAGCCACGGCAGAGCACCCCCCCUCGAGCAGACUGACUGUGAGACUGGAGCCUGGGGCUCAACACCUGUCCCCCCUCUUCCCUCCCUCUUCCCCCCUCCCAGGAGCUGGCAGAGAAGCUUCAUGCCCAGUAUCCAGAGCACUACCCAGAUGCCAACCACAAGCCGGAGAUGGCCAUCGCCCUGACGCCCUUCGAGGGCAUGUGUGGCUUCCGGCCUGUUGAGGAGAUUGUGUCUUUUCUCCAGAGUAAGCAUGGGAGGGGAGGGGAAGGGAAGGAAAUAAGUACCAGCAAGAUACAGGGACUUGGGUGUCCCAACUGGGGAUGGAAUUGUGUCCUUGGAACCGUGUUGUGAUGGAAACAAGCAUCGCCUCCCUGCAGGCUCACCCAUCCUCUCCCUCCCCUAGCACAGCCACAAGGAGGCAGUUGGCAGAAUUUGCUUUCAGUUUCAGUUAACCACAGUUUAGUGUUACAGCCCAGCCCUCAACCGUGGUUUGCUUAAUAGUAGUAUGUUGAAAUCAAGUUAGCUUCUUGAACUAUAGUUUGAAUUUGGCUUGUUUCAAGCAAGCUGUAGUUAAGAUUGACCACACAAUUAGUUGGGCUUGGUCGACAUGACAGGCUGUGAUUAACUGGAAGCAGAAGCAGCUAACUGCCCCCUUAGGGACCUGCCAGAGGUGGAGGAUUUUAAAUCAAUUUAGUUUUUCAAAUUUUGAAAUUUACAGACAAUUGUCAAACAUCCAAAAUAAAAAGAGAAUUCCAUAGAUUCCUCUGGAAUUCCCUCCUCCCCUUUGUGGGUCCUUAAUUAACUUUUUCCUCCUGUACCUUCUCUAUUAAUCCAAAUCUAUUAAAUCUCAAUUACAACCAUAAUUCAACGUUAAACUACAAGUAUUAUUAUUCCAAUCCAACUAAUAAUUUUAAUUGUUUAAAAUGAUUUUUAAGGUAAAUUAUUUAUUUUCCCCAUCCCUGGUCUUCCUGAUUUCUGAUUCUUCUGGCCAUUUUUGCCAUUUCGGCAUAGUCCAUCGACUUAAUUUGCCAUUCUUCUCUGGUAAGGAUUCUUCUUCUUUCCAUCUCUGGGUUAGUAACAACCAAGCAGCAGUGGUCGCAUACAUAGUCUUUUCUGUUCUGUUGUAAUUUUGGCACCUAGAAUUCCUUAAAGGAAAGCUUCGAGUUUUUUAAAGAAAAAGUUAUUCUAAACAUUUUUUCCCACUUCAUUAUAUAUUGUCUCCCAAUUUUUUUUUUUACUACUUUUCAAAUCCACCACAUAUGAUAAAAGGUGCCUUCUUUUUCCUUACAUUUGCAGCAUGUAUUUGACCUUGUUUUAUACAAUUUAGCUAAUUUACUAGGAGUUAAGUACCAACGAUACAUCAUUUUCAUACAAUUUUCUUUCAAAGUAUAACAUGCUGUAAACUUCAAGUCCCAGUUCCAUAACUUCUCCCAUGCUGUAAGUUGUAUAUUAUAUCCAAAAUCCCUCGCCCAGUGUAUCAUAACUGAUUUAACCUGUUCAUCUUUUGUAUGCUAUUCUAAUAUUACUUUAUAAAUUUAAAAAGCAAUUUGGUCUUGUUUUCUAACAGUUCUUUUUCAAAUUUAGAUGUUUCAUUUAAAAAGCCUUUCUUUUAUCCAUCUUAAAUAUAUCAUUAAGUGGAUGGUAGUCUAGUGGCUGGGGAAACGGAGCCAUAUGGAUGGGGAAUAAAUGAAUGAAUGAAUAAUGUUUGUUUGUUUGUUUGUUUGUUUAUUAUUGUAACCAAUCAGUUAAUAGUUCUCUUAUAUCUCCAAACCUCUUUAAUUUUAAUUGAUGUUCUACUUCCAUUAAUAAUUCUUUAUAAGUUGCCCAGUCAUUUCUCAUAUUUAAAUUUUUUUUGAGAUGUCGCUUUCAGUGGGAAAGUCAUCAUGGUGUUUUUCGUUCUAAUAAUUUUUUAUAUUUCCCCCAUACUUCAUAAACCACUUUCCUUACUACACGAUUUAGGAAAGCUCUAUAUACUUUAACCUCGUACCAUAAAUGUUCAUGCCAACCAUAUCUGUUAUCAUGACCUUCAAGAUCUAAAACUUCAGAAUUUUUAGUGAUAUCCGUUCCUUUAGCCAGCAUAGACAGGAUGCUUCAUAAUAUAGUCUUAAAUCCGGCUAGACUCCAUGCAGCCAUUCUCAAUGUCCUUUGGGUUCCUUGUAGACGUUCCUGAAUUCCGGGCCCUGAUUGGGAAUGUGGCGGCGGAGCAGCUGGAACGCAGCGUGGGCGAAGACCCCCGGGGUGUCUCUGCCGCACUGCGCAUCUGCUUCACCCGGAUGAUGAAGAGUGAGAAGAAGGUCUUUGUGGACCAGCUUAACAUGCUGGUGAAGCGGAUUUCUCAGGAAGGUGGGUCUAGUGUGAGACUUGGGUGCUGGGGAGGUUGUGGUCCUCCAGGUGUUCCUGGGACUGCAACUCCAGGCACCCUUGAUGGUUGGCCAUGUUGUGGGAGGCUGAUGGGAGCAACCUCUGUGGGGGGUUAGGGCCUCCACUAUAAGGCGAAACUUGGCAACCAGCAGCUGCUGCUCACCAGACUCCUCCAUGUGUCUCCAUCCCACAGCAGAUGCAGGGAAAGAUACUUCGGCCAGCUGUGGGGAGCUCCUCCUCCGCCUCCACUCCCAGUACCCCGGAGACAUCGGCUGCUUUGCCAUCUACUUCUUGAACCUGAUGAAGCUGCAGCCCGGGGAGUGCAUGUUCCUGGGUGCCAAUGAACCCCACGCCUACAUCUACGGAGGUGAGUUUCUGGGCACAGAAGCAAAAGAGAGGCUUGGAGGUUGAAUCCUGACAAGACAGAAGUACUGUUAUGGGGGGACAGGGGCGGGCUGGUGUGGAGGACUCCCUGUCCUGAAUGGGGUAACUGUGCCCCCUGAAGGACCAGGUGCGAAGCCUGGGAGUCAUUUUGGACUCACAGCUGUCCAUGGAGGCACAGGUCAAUUCUGUAUCCAGGGCAGCUGUCUACUAUCUCCACCUGGUACACAGGCUGAGACCCUAUCUGCCCGUGGACUGUCUCGCCAGAGUGGUGCAUGCUCUAGUUAUGUCCCGCUUGGACUACUGCAAUGCGCUCUACGUGGGGCUACCUUUGAAGGUGACCUGGAAACUACAGCUAAUCCAGAAUGCGGCAGCUAGACUGGUGACUGGGGGCGGCCGCCGAGACCACAUAACACCGGUCUUGAAAGACCUACAUUGGCUCCCAGUACGUUUCCGAGCACAAUUCAAAGUGAUGGUGUUGACCUUUAAAGCCCUAAACGGCCUCGGCCCAGUAUACCUGAAGGAGCGUCUCCACCUCCAUCGUUCUGCCCUGACGCUGAGAUCCAGCGCCGAGGGCCUUCCGGCGGUUCCCUCAUUGCGAGAAGCAAAGCUACAGAGAACCAGGCAGAGAGCCUUCUCAGUAGUGGCACCCGCCCUGUGGAACACCCUCCCACGAGAUGUCAAAGCGAUAAACAAUUACCUGACAUUCAGAAGACAUCGUAAGGCAGCCCUGUUCAGGGAAGUUUUUAAUGUGUGACAUCUUAGUGUAUUUUUGGUCUUUGUGGAAGCCGCCCAGAGUGGCUGGGGAAACAAAUAAUAAAUUAUUAUUAUUAUUGUUUGUAUGGCCACCAGAUCUCCUCUCAAGGCAGCUUCCCAGGUUUAUGGGAUUUAACCGCUUGGAUUGAGCACUUGUGGGGGGGGGCAGGGGUAGCAGGGCUGUGGCCGUGGGAGAAACCUGGAAGCGGUCACGUAUGGCGCCCAAGCCUAAUGCUCCCCAUUUUAAUUAGUGCUUUGAAAAACUAGAUCAGCCCUCAGAGGAGAGGCGGCCAGCAUGGCAAGCAGGUCUGUGGCUAAGUCCCGCGUGGCCACACUUGGGUGCACUGAGUCUGCGAAGAUCAAGUGGGGUAGAGCGCAGCUGCAUCUUAAGACCUGAUGGGCUGCCUUGCAGAAGAUGGGGCAGACUUGCUCUCUGUUGCUCAGGAGGGCAGGAGCAGAGCAAAAGGUGGAAACAGAGAGGAAGCCGCCUGUGGCGAUCACACAGGGUCCCCGGACGUUUAACGGUCUAUUGAUCCCUGUGCCACCACUGUGCUCGCUUCCCCGCUGCCACCAACCCAUUACUCUCGGGUAAAACACUGAGUCCAGACAGUUGUUAAAAGUGAACCAAAUAAACAAGUUUAUUUUAUAAACAUUAACAAGUUUAUGGUUUUUCAGAUAAUAUUCCUGUCAGUAUCUUAACUUUAGUUUCUUUACUGGCCUAUACCUUCCUUAUACCUUCUGAAUGAUUAUCUCAACUGUUUGACUGACUCCUCUUAACAAAUUCUCUCACUCUCACAUCAGACUAGCCCAACCCACAGACUUAUCUUCUCUGUCUCUUCUAACUCCAGACUGACUUCUCAACCCCACCCUAACUCUAACUUUAACUCCUCCCCUUGGGUUCCCAUUGGUUAGUCAUUUUACAAUUAGUUAACCCUUUCCUUAUGAAGCCAGUAUGAUGUCACACACCAAGGAGGGCAAACACCACACCGCCCAAUGGCAAGGGCUCUUCUGGCAACGGAAUGCCUUAGCAGCCACUUCCUCCAGGUGUGCUGGACUCCAGUUCCCAUCACACCCCAGCUGGCACAGCUGAUGGUCAGGGAUGAUGGGAGUUGUAUUCCAGAGAUGCCUGGAGGUCACUAGGUUCACUAUCCCUGCUGCAGCUGCAAGAAUCCUGCGCUGGGCUAAGUGGCCUCAGAGGGCCUUGCCAACUCUGAAACUCUUAGUUUGAGAUGACAGGGAGGGGAUGAUAAAAGAGGGUUUCUUGAGAUGGGGCAGAAGGGUGUUUCUGGAGGGCCUCUCUUGCCACCACCAGCAGCCUCUGCACUUCCUGACGGGCAGCUUCUCUUUCCUUCCCGCCUUGCCACAGAUUGCAUCGAGUGCAUGGCCUGCUCUGACAACACGGUGCGCGCUGGCCUGACGCCCAAGUUCAUUGACGUCCUCACGCUGUGCGAAAUGCUCAACUACACUCCGACCCCUGGCAGCUCCAAGCUCUUGAGCCCCGUCCAGAGCCGCCUGGACCCUUGUGUCUACCUCUACGACCCGCCUGUCCCAGACUUCUCUGUCAUGAGGAUAGAGGUGAGCUUCUCGGGGGCUUCCCCUGCCCUGAUGACGGCAAGCGGUUCCUGCUGCAAGAUCCUUUCAAGUGCCGAGGUGGCAUUAGGCACCUGCUCCCUGUGCAGCUUGGCUCAGAUGGAUCCGUCCACUUUGGUUUCUCAUUCUGCCCUCACCCUGAAUCUUAGGUUCAGUUUGCUCUCUUUCUGGAUGUCUUUGCAGUUCAUUUUUAAACAGUGUGCAUGGAAAAUGUGUAAAACACAUUUAUGCACACAGUGUCCUCUAAUAUAAUGCAUGUUGAUGCAUUAUUUUCACUGACACACACUUUCCCCAAAUCAUGCAUUUCUUUUUUGGUUGGAGAAGUACAUCACACAUUUGGAGAACAGCAUAUCUCCAGGGAUACCUGCUCUCAGAUUGCACGUUGGUUCAGAAAAGUGUGAAUUAGGUAGCUUUGCAUGUUAAUGCAAACUUUACAAAGUUGCCUCCCUGUCCCUACAUGGGCCCCAACUUUAUUUAUAAUGACAUUCUUCCUCCAAGGAGCUUGGAGUGGCAUGUGUAGUUCUCUCUCCUUAUGUUUAAAUAGGGAUUUUUGUGUGAAACUCUAUAUUUUUUUUAAUGCACAUUAAGACGCGGGUGGUGCUGUGGGUUAAACCACUGAGCCUAGGACUUGCCGAUCAGAAGGUCAGUAGUUUGAAUCCCCGCGACGGGGUGAGCUUCCAUUGCUCGGUCCCUGCUCCUGCCAACCUAGCAGUUCGAAAGCACGUAAAUGUGCAAGUAGAUAAAUAGGUACAGCUCCUGCGGGAAGGUAAACGGCAUUUCCGUGCAUUGCUCUGGUUCGCCAGAAGCGGCUUUGUCAUGCUGGCCACAUGACCUGGAAGCUGUACGCCGGCUUCCUCAGCCAGUAAAGCGAGAUGAGUGCCACAACCCCAGAGUCGGCCACGACUGGACCUAAUGGUCAGGGGUCCCUUUACCUUUAAGACACAAGUGGGACAGGACACACGUGAGAUUAGUGUGGGCAAGAAACAGACGUGCCCGUCGUUGCCUGCUUUUACAGUUGCUGAAAUCUCAGUUUGGCUUGAGAUGGAGACCAGCUUGCACUGCUGGGCACUCUGGAGGCUAGAGGGAAGUCAGGAUCUUCCAUUGCCUCUGGAUUUGUCGCACGCCCGGCUCAUUCACUUCCUACUUAGUGAGGCAGGAACUUAAAAUACCCAGGCCCCACCUCUCUACUGAGCAAGGGUUCUGCUUUCUCUUGCAGAUUCCUUCCUCCAUCAAGCUGUACCUUAUUUCGGCCAUCGACUCAGCCAGCAUCCUGUUGGUAGUACAAGGAACUGCUGUCGGGACCUCCACUGCGGCCGCUUCAGAAAUGGCUGUCCGCCGCGGCUCUGUGCUCUUCAUCUCCGCCAAUGAGAGCGUCUCCUUGCACCUGUCUGCCCCUGACGGGAUGCUGCUCUUCCGAGCCUGCUGUCUCGUAUAAUGUGGGGUGCUUGGCUCUUUCUUCUCUUGCUGAGACUCCAGUAGAAACGGCUGUGUAUCCUCUGCACAGCCAGUUACUCCCCUGACCCAUCAAACCACUGUGUCAAAAGCCCAAAGCAUUGGCGCUCACCCCUGUAUGGUGGGCCCUCGUUUCCCACACAGCUUGACUCUAUCCAGGGAGAACCCUGCUCCUGUAACGGUUGCUGUAAAACAUGGGGCUGGGAAUUCUCCAGUAGACCUCGUCAUUUUUUUUAAAAAAACUGCCAUCUCCACCUUGUGCUUGACCGUUCUGCUUUUGAGGGAUAGCGGUCUGCACACCCUGAACUUUAAAAAUGCUGUAAAUCUUAUAAAAACCAGCUGCCACAGUCAAUGGUGUGCCUCUCUCACCCCCCACCAGCCUGGGAAGAGGGUGGAAGUUUGGAAGAAGGGCUUGGUGAUGAUUUGAGCUUCCCAGCCACUGGAAUUCCCUCUUAGCCAGGACUUUCUGCCUCCUGCCCUUUACCUGGGGGGCCGGCAAAAGCUUGUCUCCACCUCGCCCCAGUUCCUGCCGAUGGAGAGUGGUUGGCUACCAUUCCUUCUAAUCCCUGGCUGACAAAGUUUCCUCUGGCUGUAGUGGACAGCAUAUUCUGGUGUGAAAGUGCUUCCUCCUUGAGGGCCAGCUGUGGGUGGUUGCUUAAUCUAGGAGUGGUUCUGUCUGCCCACAGCAGGGCCAUGUGAGUUGACCCUGAUAGGAGUUAGGAGUCCAGCAACUCCUGGGGAACCAUGGGCUCCCCACCCCCAGCCAACAAUCCUGAUUUCGGGAUGGGAGGACAAGCCAGUAGUACAUUUUUUGUACCGGUGGCCUUUCAGGUGCAAUGUCACUGGACUUCCAUCCUGGGCCAGGUGGCAGAAACAAGAAGUCCUCUAAUGCUACAGGCCUGGGGGACAGGGCCUUCGCUUUGGGUGCUUUUCACCAUCUGCUUUCCCCCCAGUAGCAUUUUCCCAGCACCAUGUGGUUCUAUCCCCUGGCUCCAUGUGGGUGUCACAAUAUACCAUAGCUUGCUGUGAUAAGAACAAACCUGACCCUGGUCCAGCUCCAAGUGCAGUAUGUGUCUUCACUUUUCCUUGUUUGAAACAAGCACACCACGGGGUUGAUGGAGCUGGCUUGUUCCAAACAAAACACAGUGAAGACAAAGCAGUCUAGGGCUGAGAUGAUUAAUUAAAACUGGCACCCCAAUUUUCCUAUUAUUCCUCUCCCUCAAAUUGGUUGGGGUGAGAGGCUGUGUGGGAUAGAGGCUCCUUUCUAUCCAAACGUAGCCAGUACCUGCUUUCCCUGCAGUAGUUUGGAACCUGUUCCCAAGCAACCAGGAAAAGGGUCCCCCGGCCCAACUAGAGUGUUAAGUUUGGAGGCAGGCUCAGCUUUUUGUGUCCUGCAGGGGCUGUGGUUUUAAGAUGAUCAAAUUGGCAGCUCAUGUUUGGCUUUUGCACCAACAGGAAAGAGAAUGGCUCUUCCCUUAAAAACAUCAGAUUACCGCAUCUUCACUGUAUGGUGAGGCUACUUACCUGGCAUUUCAAAGUAAAGUACAUGUACCAAUAGCUAAAGCGGGUGUUAUAAUCACUCUGCUCUACCCCUUGCUUCCACCUCUUGCAGAAAAAUUCAUUGAACGAUAUAAAAAAAUUCCAUCCAGUAGCACCUUAGAGACCAGCCAAGUUUGUUGUUGCUAUGAGCUUUCGUGUGCAUGCACACUUCUUCAGAUACCUUGCAUGCACACGAAAGCUCCUACCAACAACAAACUUAGUUGGUCUCUAAGGUGCUACUGGAAGGAAUUUUUUUAUUUUGUUUCGACUACAGCAGACCAACACAGCUACCUACCUGUAACUAGAAUCAUUGAAUGAUGGUACCCUGAACUCUUGGGUAAGUCAGUGCUAUAAAUUCAAGCGUUACUAAGGGACAGGCGCUGCCUUGGGGCAGGGCAGGGUGGUGGCCUUUUAGUUGUGACUGGCUUACAGCUCCCAUCAUCCGGAACCAUUGGCCAUUCUGGCUGAUGGGUGUUGGGGUCCUGCAAGAUCUAGGGGGUCAGCGGUUCCACACCCAAAGUUCAGUUCUGUGGCUUGGGGAGCAGGAAGCCCAGCCACUCCACCUUCAACUCAGUUUGAAGUUGCAGUGUUGUAAGUUGUUGCUUACAGAGGGAGGGAAAGUCCACUUGCGCUUCCAUUCGACAACUCUGGUUUGAUUUGCAUGCUCACUCAUUUGGGGCUCAGUAUAUUUCAGCAAAGAGAACUGCCCCAGUUUCUCUUUAGCUUCCCACCAAAUAGGAGUGUGUCCUUACCCUAGCGGAGUGCCAAGCAGGAGCGACUGUUGUCUCCUGCAGAAUGAUUCGAGAGAGAAAAGUGCAGGGGGGGAAAUACAGAACCUUCAGAGACUGAAAUAACAGUUAUAAGUGAAAAUAAAUAGGAUGUUGGGGGACUGGCAGAAUACAUGCGUUGUCUUAAGGGGUUGUGUAUCAGAAUUUGAAUCUUGAGGUCAUCCAUCAGAUGGAUUUUGACUCCAGACUCUCGCACUGCAAAUUGUAGAGCUGUCAUUUCAGCAUUUGACGUUUUGAUAGCUGCAGUCAACCACUUCGUACCAUUUGUGUUAAGAGAUGUGUGGACCCAGUUGUACACUUUAUACAAACUAUUUUGUUCCUAAAUUAACUGGAGGUUUGAGAUGUAUGUACAGAGUGUGUGCAAGUAAAGACCCCUGGAAGAGCCAGUAUUCCUGCUACCAUUGUACUGUAUUCCAUAUGUCACAGGUAUAGUUAUGGCUAAUAAUCCCCAAAGAAUGAAACAGGGAGAUGAAAUUCAGAUGGUUUCAGAAACAAAAAAUCUUCCCACCAGUGUAAAGCAUCAGUUGUUUAAGAGUCAAAUGCAACGAGUUAAAGUUGACUAAAUAAAGAAGGUGCUGUAGAGGACAGGCCCUGAGAACAACC